ACAAAUAAUAAAUCAGUGACGAUCAUUUAGAUGUGAAAUCAAAGCAGAUUUUCUGCAUGUAAUAGGAGGUCGCCCUCAUUUGCCAGGAGCGCAAAGGGGAACACCUGAUAUCAUCACUCACGCGCCUUGGCCGUAAAAAAUCAGAGCGCAAAAGGGCUCCACGCGUGUUAGCGGUUCUUUCACUGCCAAGGAGAUCUCGAGGAGAUGGUGUAAUUGAGCGCGAGCUAAGCGGGCUCCUCGGCAAGCUUCCUCCAUUCACAUUUAGCCGUGCGCAAUGGCACCGGGCGCUCCUCCCGCCGCUGGACGCUCCGACCGGAUAACUUUUUACGCUGGAAGGACGAUUCACCUCCACCGUGGCAUCUGAUGAAUUUUGGGCUGGGGAACGGUGAAAGCAGACAGUUGAAUAAGAUGGAUCAUUUUGUUUACCAUCUAGACACAGGUGCUUGCCAACCAUCUCACCUCCAAUGUCACUGGGACGUCUCAAUGGCCAUGUUUAGCAGCUCAGAGCAGCUCUGGAACGAGUCGGACCGCGUCGGAUGGGAUGAGAGGAAUGAGAGCUCAGACGAUUUAGGGAAGGAUGAAGGGGAGCGCAACUACUAUGCCAUGCUGUACUCUCUGCUCAUCCUGGCCAUCGUGUUUGGAAAUGUGCUGGUGUGCCUGGCUGUGCUGAGAGAGCGUUCGCUCCAGACCACCACCAACUACCUGGUGGUCAGCCUGGCUGUGGCCGACCUGCUGGUGGCCUCACUGGUCAUGCCCUGGGCAGUAUACCUGGAGGUGGUCGGCGGAGCCUGGCUUUUCAGCAGGCUCUACUGUAACAUCUUUGUCACGCUGGAUGUGAUGAUGUGCACUGCCAGUAUUCUCAACCUGUGUGCUAUCAGCAUUGACAGGUACACAGCAGUGGUGAUGCCAGUGCUGUACAACACCACCCAUCGCUCGAGGAAGAGAGUUUUCGCCAUGAUUGCCACAGUGUGGGUCCUGGCCUUUGCCGUCUCCUGUCCCCUGCUGUUCGGCUUCAACACCACAGAUGACCCCAUGGUGUGCUCUAUCUCCAACCCUGACUUCGUGAUCUACUCUUCUGUGGUGUCCUUCUACCUGCCAUUCAUCGUCACUCUGCUGGUCUACAUCCGGAUCUACGUCUUCCUGAGGAUGAGGCGAAAGAGGAUCACCUUUGGUCAGGCCAGCGGAAAAGUGCAGCCAGGCUACACACAACCGUCCGCGGAGACCUGUCUGCAGGAGGAGACUCCCAAGGCAAAGGAAGACCUGUCCCCCAUAAGGAUUAAAGUGCAGAGUGUGGAGACGUCAGGUCCAUCCAAACCAAACCUGCUAUCAGGCUGCCUGUGGCACAAACGCCCAAAGACAGGACCGGUGGAGAACUCAGUACUGCCCCCGGUGGACACGCAGAACUACUGCAGCAUUAGCCAUGCCUCCUGUGGGCGCACAGAGCUGGACCUGGGGCAGGAGCGAGGAGAGCAGGAUGCUGAUGACACCAAUCAGAUGGAACACCCCUCUGUGAGGAUGAGCUGCGAGGUGAAGGAUCUGUCCAAUGGACGGACGCACACAUCACUACGGCCAAUGUCACACUUACACACCAAUCAGCGAUUCAGGUGUAUGCACGCCCGGGAGAAAAAGGCUACUCAGAUGUUGGCCAUUGUGCUCGGGGUGUUCCUCAUCUGCUGGCUCCCUUUUUUUGUGACUCACAUUCUGAACACCCACUGCAGGACAUGCUACGUGCCUCCUGCCCUUUAUGGGGCCUUCACCUGGCUGGGGUACGUCAACAGUGCCCUAAACCCUGUCAUCUAUACCACCUUCAACAUCGAGUUCAGGCGGGCCUUCAUCAAGCUCCUCAGCUGCUGAGGAGUGAAUGGCGUCAGCGUAUUAGAAAUGGAAAUCAGACUGCGCUCUUGUGGAGUAGUUCAGCCGUGGAGCGUUUGGUCAGUGGUGACCUCAGACGUACAGUCUUUACACUCAAGCAAGGUGAAGCUGUAUUCAAUGCAAGCAAGAGAUUUUGCUCCUCAACUCCUCAUACAUGACCAGACAUGCACACAGUUUUACUGAGAGCACAAAAUGUAAGCCUUCCUUUUGCAUAUAUAUUGUACUGUACAUGGACUUUUCUUUAAAUUCCCUUUUUCCAGAGUUUCAAUCUAAGUUAGAAAGCCGUAUGGAGUCCAAAUGGAGUUUCGAGCCUGAUAAAUGGGUCAUUUCAUCUGCAGGCCCUUAGCCUCCACACUGAGUGGACUAACUAAUGUUACUCACCACCCCCAUCCACCCACUCCUUCAUCAGUCUGACCUUCAGUUUUCCCGCCAGCGCAUGCACGAAUCAGAAUCUCCACAUGUGUAUUUGAAACGAAGAUUGUCAUGUAUAUCGGUGUACAGGCAUUGUUCUCAACGUGGAUUCAUCGCAAUUAAAAAUGUGAGAUUUCGAUGUGAUUUUCGGGGGGCUGUGAUUGUUGGUGCCCCCCCCCCACCCCCAUGAGCUAGAGCUUCCCAUCUGCUGCUCUUAGCAACGGUGAACGCUCUGUAAUCUCAACAAAUCAAGCAGGAUUGUAAACUACGUGGUGUAUUGUGCUGUAAAUAAAAUAUCUGUAUAUUAAACAUUUUCC